AUGAGCACGGAAGCCGACGGUUCAGUUCUUUCAACAAUUUUGAAGUGUGCCCGGAGUUCCACAUUCAGUGUCCAAGGACGGCCGGUGCGUACGAGGACGGCCGGUGUGUACGAGGACGGCCGGUGUGUACGAGGACAGCCCUAUGGUCCCAGGACAGCUCUAUGGUCCGGGGACAGCUCUAUGGUCCGGGGACACCCUAUGGUCCGGGGACAGCCCUGUGGUCCCGGGACAGCUCUAUGGUCCCAGGACAGCCCUAUGGCCCCAGGACAGCCCUGUGGUUCCAAGACAGCCCUGUGGUCCCAGGACAGCUAG